AUGCCCGUUGUCUUCGUCUUCGCGGAAACACAGAGCGCUCGGGCGGCUCUAGCCCUGCCAACAAACCCCACGCCGUUUAUAACUGUUGUCAGCCUAAUUCACGCGCUGGAAGCCCGCGAAGCGCGCGGCCUGCCUCUGGCCGCUUUGGCGUCCCAUUUAAAAGAACCAACAGCGUGGAAUGCAGUAGCUCUGUGGGCAUGGGACAUUGUGGUCGAUAACUGUGCCAUUUGCAGAAACCAUAUUAUGGAUCUAUGCAUAGAAUGUCAAGCAAACCAAGCAUCAGCUACCUCUGAAGAGUGCACAGUUGCAUGGGGUGUCUGCAAUCAUGCUUUCCACUUCCACUGCAUCUCUCGCUGGCUCAAAACUCGCCAAGUAUGUCCACUGGACAACAGGGAAUGGGAGUUCCAAAAGUCUGUUGUUAGAAUAAUACAGGAAAUCCAUGAGUAA